AUGACUCCCGUUUUCAUCUCGCGUGUCAAACAGAAUAUCGAUGCUUUGUCGAUGACGUCUGGCACAAAGGAAAUGCCGAUUGAAAGAGAAACCCUUUCCCCAUCAUGGAUCUCACCAACCACCCGUCAUCCAUCAAUCAUCGUUGAGCCUCUUGAUCCAUCCAGCAAAUUCCUUGAUCGUCAGGUAAACGCUAUGAUGAAACAAUUGGAUGCUGAGCUGUUAGAAGAGAAAAAAACCACCAUAUCGAGUGAUAAAGAAGUCACAACAUCAGCAAUUGUUGAAGAAUUACGAAAAGCUUUCUUCCCACCACAAGUCGAGGCUACAGAGGAUGAAAUGAAAGCGAUUAUGGAAGCGGCAGCUGGUCUCCCGUCAACAACACAACAACCACUUGCACCAACAACAAGUGCUCAUAUUAGACGAACUCACGUCAAUCUGGAUCAAGCUCAAGACAGAACACAAAAACCGAUAGAAAUGAAUCUAAACGCAAAAAGUGAUGCUUUGAAUACUUUCGAGAGAUUUCAAAUCGGUGACGAAGAGGAAGAGCUUUUGAAGUUCUUGGAUAGAAAUCCGGUGGACAUCUUUGCGGCAUCAAUUGAUCAGCAAACAACUCAAGAGAUUAGAAGAACUUCUUCUUCAACAACUUCUUCUCCAACUCCUUCAACAACUUCUCCACCUCUUCCUCUACCGACAAGGACAGCAUCAACAACAAUCACUCAACGAUUCGUCAAACCAAAACUGACGAUGAAAAAGCGAUCGAUGAUGGAGCGAGCUGUGCGCGGAGUGCAAAAUACGGGUCCCCCAAGGCAGCGAAAAGAUGGAAAAAUCGGUGGAACGAUGCACGUAAAACGGCUAAGAAAGAGAAAAUUCGUGAGAAAAGCACGAUGGUUGAGGAGAAGAGACCGAAAAACGCCAACUUUGGCAAAGAACUCGAACCCGAUUCGUCGUUACCGAAGAAAUCGACGUCGAAGGGUCAGCCUAAAGAGAGAACAGCCAAAAAUGAGUGACGUGAUUACAAGAGUUUUGACUAGGGAUCGGCAAGUCCGAGGCGUUGACGGGGACACCAAAGGGGAACAAAGGAGUUUCGUGAAAAAGGAGAGCUCUCAAAACUUUGUGAAUCUACCGCCAAAACCGGAAAAGCAUCAACGACAAAAAUAUCGAAAAACUAUCCAAACCAACUCUCAAUUCACCACAAUAUUUCCUCCAUAUGCUACAAAUUACGCUCACAGCACAAUACCCAACCGAUCAGCGACUAUUUCUCAAUUUAGACGACGAAGCACUACGCCAAAACCGAUUUAUGCACCAAUCACUGACGCACAAAUGGGUCCACGACCUCAACUACCCCCUGCUGUUUUAGAAACAAUUGCAAACAAUAAGGCGAAUCAAGCAAAUCAAGGAAACGAAUUCCCGAGACAAACUCUAACUGAUAUCUUCAAUGAAGCUAUUGAAUAUGUGUUUGAUACAAAGAAAGAGAAAGGCGAUAAGCGAAAAAAGCCACAAAUUCGUCAAUUGAGUCAUUUGGAGUCGAUUCCUGAUUCGAAUGUUCGAUGGAAAGCGCCUACACAAACUGCUACAAAGCUUCUGGGGCUCGGGCAAAAGCUUUUAACCAGCGCCACAUCUCUUCAGCAAACCUUUGAUCACACACCGAAAGAAGUUGGCCUCUCAAAACUCUCAAUCAGAAGACAAGACGGACGAAAAACGUUGACGAAUGUAGAAAGAAGAAAACGAAUCACUUCAAAACAAAUUCAGACAGAAAAUCAAAGAACCGUUCGACCGAAAACCCCAGUAGAAUUAGAAAUGGAAGAGCUGAGUCGAAACAUUGCUAUGUUGGGGAAAGUGGAGACAACAGAGAUCGAGAAGAAUUCGAUAAACGUCAUCACUACUGGAGAAGAUCAACCUGUUUAUAUUGACUCAAGGUUUCGACGA